AUGGAUCUGAAAGUUCACGUGACUAUUUUCCACCUGUUUCUAUGCUGCACGGCUAUUUACAGUGCCCGGAUACCGCCUGAUAUGGGACUUGGAAUCAUCCGAACGAACGUAAAUGCUAAUUUCCAAGCACCGGACAAUGCAGGAUCUGCUAACAAAAAACUGGUGGAGAGCAAUACUGUGCCCUAUGUAAAGACUACGAGUUAUCCGCAAUUAAAAACGCCAGUCGAACCUCAUAAAAAAAAUAUUUUGGUGUCUAAUACUGGCACAGACAUUGAUUUUCGAGAAACAAUUCAAAAUAAUCAGAGUAGUACUAAUAAUGGUCAGAAUGAAGACAAUAGUUCAACAGAAAGUGGUGAUAAUAGCAUGCAUAGACUGCAUUCGUUUCAAAGCGCAAGUUCAAAUUAUUCCGAAAAAUUUCCAGAAGAUUUUCUAAUUCCUGAAUCUGAGUCCAUAAUUUCGAAUGACAAAGAAGAACACGACCAUGUAAUUAUACAAAAUGAUCCAACUCACCGUGGAAUACUUAAGGCAUAUUCGGCACCAACAAAUGACUCUUUUAUUUCGAAUAGCAUUUUCAAGUCUAAAGAUGUUGCGUCUUCUUACAGAACUGAUGAAAGUUCUAUUGUCAUUCCUUCCGAAAUUACUGAAACAAAUGAAAUCAAGAAAAUUAUCGCUCCUCACCCCACAGAUAAAUUGGAGAAUUUUAAUAGUUUCGCAUCAGCAAUGCCUACAAUCAGUGUUGCUAAUUUCAAGAAUAAUAAAAAUUCAAUCUCUGAAACAUCAGCAGAAUCGAGUAGCAUCGAAGAUCAAUGGAGGGAUUUGGAGAAAACUUUUCGUCGGUAUACCGAUUCCGUGAUGAAAAAAGUGCUGCCAAAAAUACUGAGAAUUCAUAGUCAACUAAAUGUCUCUACUCAGUGUAACAGUGCAAUGAUGCAAUUAAUUACUGGUCUCAGGAAUUUCAAGAGCUGGGCCAUCAGAAUGGUUGACGCCAGCGGUCGUUUGCCCUCGGGUAGUCUGGAAGGCACCCUCACGGACUUAGGGGAUUAUGACCAGUGUCUAGACAUUCUUCAGCCCCUCAGAAACAAACACAAACAGAUCAGAGGACAGUACUGCACUUUGGAAGUGAAACCAACUCUACCUGCUUUACAGAAUAGUGUCACAUUAAACACGAAAGUUCUGGAUUUCGGGAAUUUGUCCAAGGAUUCGGUGCUAUCAGAUCUUUCUGAUGGAUCGGCACUUUUUCAUUUCAUGGUCAUGCGUAUUGGAGUAUGCGUUCCAUCAUUGUGCGUUGCGGACGACAUACGAGAACUGGCAUCAGCAUUGUUAAAAAACGUUCCAGUUCAAGUGACAGCGAGAAACUGCGAGACGAAAGAAGAAUCCCACGUUACUAUACCACAGUUUAUAAUUAUUAUAACAAUCGUGAUUAUUGGUGUGUUGAUCUUGGCUGGCACAGGCAUCGACAGUUACGUAUCAAGAAACGCGGCGAAAUCUCAAGAUAUCGCUGGACGAGUUCCUCAAAGUCUGUUGGCUUUCUCGGUCACUUCGAACAUUAGACAGUUGCUGAAACCCCAGAAAAAGGGCUCAAAUUUACUCGCUGUCAAUGGAAUCCGCUGCCUCAGUAUCAUGUGGAUUGUAUUGGCACACACGUAUGGUUUUGGACACAGACAAGGGCUAGCUCGUCUCAAACAUGCCAAAACUUACAUGGAUGAUGUGUUUUUUCAAAUUAUCACAAAUGCUUGGGUAUCCGUGGACACUUUCUUCCUUCUCGGUGGCCUACUUGUUGCUAUCUCGAAUCUAAAAGCAAUUGAUAACAACGGAGGAAGCAUCAAUAUUCUCUCCCAUAUCCUUCAUAGAAUAUGGAGAUUGACUCCACCAGUGGCUGGUACUUUAGGUGUGAUGUUCAUGCUUCCUUUGGUUGGAUCUGGUCCUCUGUGGGCCGACAUGGUUGGUCAAAAAGUUGCAAAUUGCGAAGAACGUUGGUGGCAAGUAUUUUUACCAGUCAAUACAUGGAUCGAUUUUAGUUCCAUGUGCUUACUUCAUACUUGGUAUGUAGCAGCCGACAUGCACUUCUAUUUCCUGGCCCCCUUUGCGUUGAUCGCACUGUACAGGUGGCCUGCUGUCGGUUUUGCUCUUAUGUUCCUGCUGACUGCAGUCUGCUCUAUGGUGGUAGGAUUGCUCACCAUCGCCAACGAUCUCCCUCCAACUGUGAUCUUCUUUUCGCCAGACGUAGAGCUAACCAAAAGAACAGCAAAUUUAGUCUACUUCAGACCGUAUCCCCACCUGGGAGCGUACUGUGUCGGGUUGACACUGGGUUACAUUCUGUGGAAAAACCGGAAGUGGUCUCUUUCCAAGCUAACCCAAGGAGUUGGGUGGAUGCUGUCCAUAGCGAGUUGCCUCAGCGUCCUUUGUGCCACCUAUUCUUGGAGUAGAGGUACUUCAGCUCACACAGCAGAAGGUGUCAUCUACGCCAUGUUGCACAGAACUGCUUGGGCUGCUGGAGUGGCAUGGGUCCUUUUUGUUUGUGUGACGGGGCAUGGAGGUAUUUUAAGCAGAUUUCUCUCAUGGCAACUGUUUGUCCCUUUGAGUCGACUGUGCUAUUGUGUGUAUUUACUGCAUUUUCCCGUUCUUUGGGUAAGAGUGAGUUGGAGAAGGACCCUGCUGAAUUUCCAUCAUUAUGAUGUAGUCACUGAAUUCUUUGGUGUUUUAAUGAUAACUUUAGGGCUAUCUAUCAUCUUCCAUCUCUUUUUCGAAGCUCCAUUCCUCAAGCUAGAACAGAUCUGGUUCCCAGACAGAAAGAAGUCUUCUGAAAAUUUGAAAACUUUAGAGAACAAGCAUUCUACUUAACCAAGCCACUAACAACAUCAAAUUCUU